CCUCUAAUCAUAUUCAGCAUGUUUUGCACAAGAAAUGUCAGCCAGGAAGAGCUCUCUGCUCUCUUCGCCAAAUUAUUCCACGGAAAUGGCAUGUUCGGAGACUCCAGCUGCAAACGCCUUUCUGGUGGACUCUUUGAUCAGCUCAGCCCCAGGCAGAGGGGAAGGAGGGGGAGGCGGUGGUGGCAGCGGACUUGCAGGAGGAGGAGGAGGAGGAGGAAGAGGCGGCGGCAGCAGCAGCAGCUACUACCCGAACAACGGUGGUGUCUACCUGCCACAGGCGUCCGAUUUGCCGUACGGGUUGCAAAGCUACGGGCUGUUCCCGGUCCUGAGCAAAUGCAGUGAGGACCUGCCGCCGCCGCCGCCGCCGCCGCCGCCGCCGCCGCCAAGCAUGGUUCCCACUCCGCACACUUACAUGUCAGGGAUGGAGGUCUGGCUAGAACCCCCGAGAUCCUGCAGCCUUGAAGAGCCCACAAGCCCACAGGCGACCUCUUGCUCCUUCGCUCCCAGCAUUAAAGAGGAGAGCUCCUAUUGCCUCUACGACUCGGACAAGGCCCGCAAAGAGGCAUCGGCCACCGACCUGUCGCCUUUCCCGAGGCUAAGCGCAGAGAUCUGCGCCGUGAAUAACGUGGCGGCGGGGGUGCCUGUCCCGGGCUACUUCCGCUUGUCUCAAGCUUAUGGCACCGUCAAGAGCGGCGGCUGCUAUAGCAGCUCCCACCACCACCACCAUCACCACCAACAGCAGGAGCCGCCGCCGCCGCCGCCGCCGUUGCUGCACCCAGGGCAGAUGGUGGCUGCUUCCCAGUUUGCCCCGCAGCCCCAAGUGAGCUUCGAGUCUUCUCCGGCGUUUCCUCUGGCCGCCCCGUUGCCCGAGCAAGGCAAGAAAGACAGCGAGGAUUCUUCCCCACCCAGCACUUUGGCCGGGGAUUCGCAGAGAGGAGAGGAAGAAGGGCAGGCUUCUUCUUCUGCCGCAGAAGAGCUGUCGCCAGCCCCCUCGGAGGGCAGUAAGCCUCCUUCCGAGAAAGAAACCCUAGGCGGCCAGAAGGGAGAGAAUGCAGCCACCUGGCUCACUGCGAAAAGUGGUAGAAAGAAGCGGUGCCCUUACACCAAGCACCAAACGCUGGAGCUGGAGAAAGAGUUUUUGUUCAAUAUGUACCUGACUCGCGAGCGUCGCCUAGAAAUCAGCCGUAGUGUCCACCUCACGGAUAGACAAGUUAAAAUCUGGUUUCAGAACCGCAGAAUGAAGCUGAAGAAAAUGAACAGAGAGAAUCGGAUUCGGGAGCUCACAGCCAACUUCAGUUUCUCCUGAUAAACCUCUGCAUACCUUUGAAUCGUCUAAGCAGCCCAUACAAUCCUGCACCCCACCCCACCCUAGCUCACCCCACCCCCAAUCUGGUCAGGCUUUAACUAUUGGCACCUGUGUGGAUCUGAACCUUUCAAUCCCACUCUCAGCCUCUCCAUCGCUUCUUGAUGAUUGAUUUCGUUGGGAUAAAGCCAUAGCAAGGCAAGCCCAGCACAUUCCUUCUGAAGUUCCCUUCUUCUGCUCUCACUUCUGGAGACCCUGGCCCUUGAGAAAUAGGAUGUCCCAAACACUAUGGUGCCUAUUCUCUUUUCCUUACCUACCCCUUAAAAAACAAAACAAAACAAAACAAAAAAAACCCCACCAACAAUCAGAAAAGUAACCUAGCCAAAGGAAAGGUGCAUUCGGAACCUCCUCCACAUGUUGCAAACUGGGGUUGAGUGUAGUUUUCAAUCGUUUAAACAUUUGACCACAUCACCUCAAACACGGAUCGGGUUUGAUAUUAUUACUACUACUAUUUUCUUGUGCAGCCAAUGUUAAGCAGCUAUUGUGGAAACAAACAAAAAGUCAGAUUAAGAAUCCAAAACUGUUCAUUUGUUUACUCCUUUAUUUUUCCAAAUGUUUAAUAUUUCAGCUUUAAAAGGUUUUUUUUUUUUUUGGAAAACAGGGAGAGAUGGGGGGGGGAAGAGAGAGAAACUGCUCCCAUCUUUUCUUGAAAGAUAAGAACAGUUUUAUGUUCCUUAAUGGUUAAAUUAUUACAUUUUGUAGUUAUGGGUAAUUUUUUCUUUAGAUAAAUGGUUCUUUACCAUUUGUUCCUUCUGUUUGACAAGCACAGACAAAGAAAAAACAUUUAUUGAAUGGAGAAGGGGCAGAAGACCCCCGGUUUUGCCUAUUCUAUUCCUAGAAAUGUUUGUGUGUGUGUGUGUGUGUGUGUGUGUGUGUGUUUCUCUGUGUGUGUAUGUGUGGGUAAUGUCUAUAUACACAUACAUACACACACACUGAAGAAUUUCCUGACUGUAUGAAAUAGCAAAGGAGAAAAUCUUUAUUUCCUUGAUACUGUGAAAUUACAUGCAUUGAAAAAAAAAUCAAGCGUGUAGUACAAAGAGAAGAAAAAAACCUAUGAAAUAGAUAUGUAUAAAUGUCUAUUAUUAUUAAAAUAAUUAAUAUUAUUAAAAUACCAAUACAGUUGGAAGCAAAGCAUUCUUUUCCGUUAUUUAGAUGCUAGCUUUACUUCUUGCUCUUACCUUAAAUCUUUAAUAAAUUAAUAUCCUAAUGCAGCUAUGCAGGAAGAUAAAGCAAACUGGAGACGCUGUUGAUAUUUUAUUGGAAGAAUAAAAAGAUGUCUUAUGAGUUUCCAUAAAACAACAACCACCAUCAAAUAAUAAUAAUAAACUGUUUUGGUGUCUGCUUAUUUUCAGAACUCUUAUUAUUAAAUUUUGUGAACUUUUACGUUAAAGAAUAGUUGACUAAGCCGCCUAAAAUUAUUUAGGAAUCAAUUUGAAUGUAGACAGUCUUAAUGUGCCUGGGCCACAUAGGAAUGGUGCAGUAAGAUUUGUCAGCUUUUGUUCAGUUUUAUGGCUUGC